UAAAAAAAAAACUAGGCAGGUUGUCUUAUGGUGUAACUGUUAUUUGAACUUGAAAAGUUCAUUUUCUUUGGAUUAAACUGGCAUUUGGGGCAUGCAGACCUCUGAUUAGAAAACAUAAUGGCUGUACUGUCCUCAUGUUUCAGGGGUGCUGAUGCAGAGAAAGGAAGCACAUGUGCUCCUUCUCCUUUUUUAGAUAGUACCCUGCUUUUAUUCCCCCCGCCCCACCUCCCCUGUCAGUAUCUGGCAUGAAAUUCCACACAUGCCUUUAAUUUAGAGAGGGAGCACAGGAGUAAGUUAUCUUACUCCUCUGGAAUUUUCCACCGUUACUUCCAAUGUUAGCCCAGAUGCAAUUAAGAGAAGGGGUAACAGUUGUGUGAAAAUUAGAUGUGCAUUCAAGUGCUGUCCUGCAUAUGUGCUGGAGGAUGCUUAAAAUACAGAGAGACAUGCAAAGAGAGAGGGAGAUUUGUUGAAGAGAAGAUCUGCAAAUUUACCUUAUCCAGAACCUCCCCUUCUUUGGCAGCCCCUUGGUUAAAAUAACAGAGCAUACAGUACAUACAGAGUACAAAAUAUAAGCUGCAAGGGGAGAGACAGACUUGGGAUUUAGAGGAUGCACACCAGAAAACGUUGUUAGGCCUUUUCCAGCUGCCUUUUUUUGUUUCAGUGCUGUACAUUUUUUUAUUUGCCGAUUAGCAGAGACCAAUGUCUCCUCAGUUUGCAUCUGAGGUUGUGGAAGCAGCGCGUUCAGUCCUUAAACGGUGAGGAAAACUCAUUCCCUCCAGUUCCCUUCCCGAUGACUCCCUCCAAUCCCAGGCAUGCUCAGCACAACCCACCACUACAGGGCUCUCAGCGACGGGAGCUGAGCGCAGGGGGACUGCAGGACUUGGGCUGGAAAGCAUCGGCUGGUGAUGGCUUCUGCUGCACACUUUUGCUCCAGCCCGAAGUGCUGUGCAUAGAAAAUCACACUCACCACUACAAGAGCAACAAAACAACAUGUACAGCGUGGAGGAUCUCCUGAUUUCUCAUGGAUACAAAUUGCCCAAAACCGCUUCUUCAUCCAACGAGAAUCGCUACGCCGAUUGCCACCAUGAAAUCGUAGAGAACAGGUCUGGUCAUGGAACAGCGAACGGAUAUGAAACAGACACAGGGGCCUACUUUUACAGCAGGCAGGCACCGGCAAAGGGCUACUUCAGUGACAAUGAAUGCAGGGAAAGCAACCAAAGGAGAAAAGCUGGCAGCGGUAACCAAGGUGACACACAGCCCUUGGGUGAUUUUCUUACUUCAAACACUGGGCCCUGUGAUGGACCGAGGGGAAUGUAUUCUGCUCAGCCGAGGACACAGAGAGAUGUGGCCUACUGGAGGAGACGGGGGCAGGACUUCAGCGUCCUACUGGAUUACACUGACAGGGGAGAGAAGAGAGGAAGUAGCUUCGCAAAACCAGAAGGGACGAGAAGGGCACACGAGCUGCCUGCAAAAGAAGGAAGAAACGACAGGGAGUGGUGGGAAGAGAGUGCAGUUUUGAAAGAGAGGAGCAAAGUGCAGGAGAAAUGGAGGAUGGCAGGCGAUAGGAAAUGGCAAAGUCUGGGCACAGAGGAGUGGAGGCCCGCUGUGGGCAUAGGACGGCAGCUGUCAGAUGGCGAUAAUGACAAGUGGGCACAAGAUCAGCGUGGCAUGAAGGCGGAACUAGGUGCCGGUCACCCGAAAGCCAAGGGAAAGUCACAGUCUCUUCCAAGAGUGCUGUCACCAGAGAGUCUGCAGUAUGUUGACAUGCCUUUAUCCAGUCAGGACGUGUUUAGUAGCCAAAGGAUGAAUGGAAAAUGUUCAGAUGGACCUUACAGUAAGUAUCACGAAGAAGUGGCUGGCAGAGAACCGUGGACUGAAAAGUGUCGGGCAGGUGGUCACCCUGCCCUUUUACCAAAGCCCAGGUUUAGCAGGCCACUCAAGCCUCCAUCGUAUGAGGCUCACCAGCAAACAAGGGGGAGUUCUGAAAUGAUAGCUGGAGAUCAGGAAUCCAGAUCAAAAGACAAGGUUUCGUAUUUUUGCAAGAGUGCCGAAUCAAGGCAGGACUUUCUUCCAUAUGAACCUCCAGGGUCGAACACGGAGCCUCCAGUUUAUAUACCUCCUCCGUCUUACAAAAAGCCCCAGCAACAGAAAGGAAGCCAAAAGAAUAUCAACGAAGUGUCUGAUUACAAGUUCAAGAGAGAAGUGCAGCAGGUGCCAGAAAGAAAGGAUGCAGGGAAGUGCUUUUCCAGACAGACAGGAAACUCUUGGAUUGAAUACCAGAAGGACAGAAAUGUACCUGGCAGGAAACAGAUGUAUCCUGGAUACAUAGAUGACCAUCUGGGAUGUAUUCAGUACAUACCCUUUGAUGAUCCGCGUGUGAAACACAUUCAAGGAGAUCUAUGUGGAAACUCUCUAACUGACUCAGACAAAAUCAAAAAUAUCAGCAAACGGAUUCCUAAAGUGUUAGAACAAUCUUCCCAUGAUAGUGCCUUUUCCCCCCCUGAGGGACUGUUUUUUGAUAUGGACACAAGCAAACGAUCAUUUCAUGAACAUGACAGUGGCAGUAAUAGUGGUUUACACAAAGAGAGUGGCAAUUCAAUGGACCAAAGCUGUGUUAAGUAUGAACAAGAGCGAUCCAAUGCAAUUUAUCAGAACAGAACAGCCAGGCAGAUGCCAAACAUGGACCAAGGUUUCUCUGAAAGUGUUACCAAGGUAAAAAAGUUUGAACCUGGUACUGAAGCAGACAACAAAAGAAAUACAAAGAAAAGACUCAAUGAGACCAUAUUCUGCUUAGUCUCUGUUCCAGUUCACUUGCAGCCGAAUGGUGACAGGUCAGAUCAGAAUAAUAAUGAGAAAGAUCUGAGCCACGUAGAAAGUUCCAUUGAUAAAAGUAUUGGAAAUCUGCAAAACCAAAGUCUCCUAAGCACAUCGUCUACUGAUUUAGAGUUACAAGCACUUACUGGUGGCAUGAUGAAUGACAAAAGCCUCAAAAAACCACAGCAAAGGAAAGACACAGAUGACACGAAGUCCCAACAACCAAAUAGACACAAAGAACUUAAAUAUUCUGGGUCUUGGCCUGGAGAUCAGUACCGAGAUCAGGAGACACAAACUAGCUUCCCUGAGGCUUCCAAAGGUGCCCCUCAGGGUUCUCCAAAUAACCAAGCACAAAUCCAUAGCUCUCCUGCCUCUGAAUCCACAAUAGAAGUGAAUUUAAGUCACGGAUAUGGGUAUCCUAUGAAAGGGCAGAUGCACUUGAACCCCUCCAGCAACAGUGCUUUUUCAAGGACAACGUCUUUUUCCAACCAGGUAAAGAGCACAGCUCUUCAAGUUCCACCCUCAGGAAAUCUAGACGAGAAAACCUACAUUGCAGCAAAGAAGAGUGAAAGUAAACCUGUGGCCAGCAAUGGUAAAGAAGCUUUUGGGCAGUUUCUCUUGAAGCCUGUUAGCCGUCGCCCAUGGGAUGCAAUUGAAGAACUGGAAACUUUCAACAAGGAGCUUCAGGAACAGAUUGGGAAACGAGCCAGCGUGGAUAAGUCCAUCGAUGAACUUGACGUGGCUUACAGAGAUAUUCUGGAUUUAAACACUGCUAGCGCUAACACUGAACAUACUAAAUCACAAGUUUGUGACCAUAAAAAUGGUACAAGUAUUUUGGAAGCACCACGCUGCAAACUCUCAAGCAGCUGGAAAAACAUGUUAGAAAGCAGGAGUGCAGCAACAGAAACUGACUUCGGAGAUGUUAGUGCUUUUUCACGCCUUUCAAAAAAGACAGUAAGUUUUAGCAAGCCAUCAAAAGAAGAGGUGUCUAUGCUGCCCCAAAACUCCCCGAGUGACUGCAGAGUAGUUAACCAGGGUAACCUGCUUUCAAAAGAGUUCUUGCACAGAGAUGUCAGUAUUCCUUCGUGUAUCUCCUCAGCUGAAGCACCGCGUUUCGCCAGACAAAUGAAGCAAGAUGCGUCAACUCACACAAACCCCCCCAGCUAUGAAGACAUAUGUUACUCUCUACAGCUAUCACGGGAAGCCAUGGGGACAAACAGAGCACCUAAACAAGAUGACUUUAAACCGGUGGAAUCUAAGUUUGCGAGCUUUAAUGCCGUUUCUCAGACUUCAGUUAAAAUCACUGGCCUCAAAAAACAGGAGGGUGUUCCUCUCAAAACGGAGCCUGACAGAAGGAUAAAAAAAGAACACCUGGUUCCCAAACGCAGCGAGGACAAAAGUUCCAGCAUCAGCAGUCAGAGUGAUAGGUUUCAAGGUGAUGAGGGCCUACAUUGUAAAGUCACCCGUAAGUCAUGGGAGGGCAGAGAUAUGAAUGGAGGAUCAUUUGUUAUUGAUGAUGAUGCGGAAAGCGCCGGCUGGAUGAAGCAGUUUUCAUUAGCCGAAACGCAGCUUCCAACCAACAAGAAAGCAGAGAGCGAGCAGAGUGAGGACCUGAGCAAUCUCUUUGAAGUCAAAAAGGCUGAGGGGAUUCCUGAGAACGAAUCCAUAGAGCAAAGAGCAGCUAGGAUCUUAGGAAUAGAUGUACCAACUGAGUGUCUUUGUGUGGCAGAACAGAAAGGAGCCAAACAGGGAACAGAAGAUCAGGUUACUACAGGAAACAGGUCUUUGAUGAAGGCCAUGUUUUCCGAAGAAGGACUGGAGCGUAGUGCAGGUGGAAAAAUAUUGUGCCUGAAAGGAAAGCACGAGGAACUGAGCCCACAUUCCAGGGUGCUGAAGCGGCAACAGCAAGAAAACGGUUUAGCAAACUCAAGAAGAGAAAAUAGCUCCUGUUGUACGCUGGAAAAAAACAGUGUAGAAAACAACCUAAAGAUUUUUCUCAGGAGCCAUGACAUGUCAUCGGAAAAGCCACUGGUCACUAACGCCGAGGAAAAUAUGGUCCAAGCCUCCAGUUGUGAUAAGAAAGGCAGAGUUGCCUCAAGAAUGAUCGAAGCCCUGCAGGACAAGCUGGCUUCCUCCCCCAGCCGCACAGUCAUGGAGCGUAUCAUCCGCAUGAAAGAGGUGGAUUCGGUCUCCCGCAUGAGGCGCCUCAGCAUCAAGAGCUCGGACUCGGGGGACGAAGCCGAGAGCGAAAAGUCGGCCAAGCAACCAGAGGAGGUGGAGGAGCUCUUCACCUUUACCACUCGGCAGGAAGCACGGAAUGGCGCUGUCGCCAAGAGAGAGAUAACUCUGUCCCAAGAACGCCAUGUUUCUGUGAAGGGCAGCGAACCGCAGGACGAUGAGGUCUCUCCCCCUUCAGAUUCCUAUGAUCCCAGCAGAGUUGAGAGAGUUUAGAACAACAAGGACUGCGCAUCUGACUGUCAUUUACAUCAGAAAUUCUGUUCAAGCACUGUGACCUGGCUGCCCACUGUAAUGCCUUCAUUUCAUCUUCCUCUAAUGAAAAUUGCCUUCUUCGACCCAGGAAUUGUUACUUUCAUCUGGUUUUGUGAUGAAAGUGGUGUUUCACUGCCAGUGGGGAACAGCUCUCUCGGCCAGGGAGGCUCCCGGCCGUGAGAAAUGUUUCCUUUUCCCAUUUUCCAAACUUUGCUUUUCAUGGACCAACUUAUGCAAUGCUGUAAUGAAAACAUAACAGUUUCAGCCUAUUCCCUAACAAAAGCAAAACACUAUAAAAUGUGAUUGUUUCUAGAUGUAGAUGCAAUUGUAUGAAUUGCUCAAAUAUGAAUGUAUUGUAAGUACUUGUAUUUUCUAAAUGAAAUGGUCACAGAAGAGGAGGAUAAUGGGAAUUGCUUUGUUACAAUCAGCAAUGUACAUGCUGUUAGAAAGAGGUGCCUGGCCACUUAACAGAGUCCAUUAAUUAGGACUCCAGACAUACGGGCUAGAAAACUGUUUAUUUUUAUAAGACUGUAAAUACUAUUACCCAUUCAACUUGACUAAAAGUGUUAUACUGUGCAGUAUAUCAAAACCCCAUAAGCAAACACUAUUAUUAUAACCCUGCAUUUUGGGAAUUCAUGUUUAUAGAUGGAGAAUGUACGUAUAAUAGCAAACAGAUUCAAUUUAAAAACACUGUGGUUCACUACAUCGUCUCCUUAGAUAACGCAAUAUUUGUUGUACAGAGCUAAUUUUGUUGUUUCUGCAACUAAUAGCCAGCAGCAGGACUGACCUCCAAUAAGUUUUUGAUGGAAAAAAUAAAUUGAAUUUGUGUAUGUGUGUUCAUUUCGGGAUAGCAAACAACGUGUUCAGCAUUUUCACCCAAUGUUUAUUUUUCUGUUAUUUCAUCGAAUUGUUAAUCAGUCUGCGUUAUGUACAAAAUAAAGUCUAUUUUAACAAUAUUUUAAGAGAAAUUUUGUAUUUAACCCAUUGUAUUUGCCUGAUUCAAUUAAGCCUUGAAUUAUAUUAUAUCUAGAUUAUAUCGUUUUAGGAUUAUUAAUAUAAUAUGACUAUAUCUUUUUUUAUAUAAUUAUAACGCAUACGAACGGAUGAGUGCUGUUAAUUGUGAUCUGGUCUUCUAUGUAAAGAUGAUUUAUUCUUAAAAUAAGUUUUUUUUUUCUGAACCUUUUCUCUAAUAACUUUGUGAGUAGCUAUUUCAUUUGCUCACUAUAUUACAAGAAAUAGGAGGCUUUCAAAAGUUCACUCUCUUCAUGGAAUUUAUAUGGUGAUAUCUCUCUUUAUGAAAUAGUACAGUUUAAUUUAAGCAUGGUCUUCACUGGGAAAAGUCUGUGAAUCAUUUUUCAUGUUUAAACUUCAUAUGCUGGCAUUGUCCUUAUUUCAGCACGGUCCAGUGUGAGGCAGACAGUAGAUUUUAAAUAAUAGGUUUCUGAGAAGUUUCAUUACUUUUCAUUCUUAGCAGAAACAGAAAGAAAUACGUGGAUCUAAAAAAGAUCAAAACUCACAUUAAAGGCGUUAUAAUUAUGCAGCUCACCAAGCCCACGUUAUUUCAUUUGUUGUGUAGUGCGUGGCUUAUUUUAGCAGCACUCCUUUGUUAAAUUCAGAUUCGUUCUUUCAAUAGUAUUAAUAUGGUUACAAUGUCUGUAAAUUAACAUUUCUUAGAAAUAAAAGAUGUUCUGAUUUCUGUUUUAGAUGCGUAACUUACUUCUAUAGUUUUCCAGUAUAGGCUUUUUUGAUAUUAAUAUGGUAUGCAGAAAUAAGGAUGGUAUAAUUAAAAACAAUUAAAGUUGCUUUUUAUUGGGUUUUCACUAUUUGUACUCAUUACUUGAAGCAGUACUUUAUUCAAACUGAUAGUAAGUCUUUGCAAUAAUAAACUGGAAUAUUUUAUAUGGUAUUACUUGCGGAACUGUAUGCUUUCAGAUUGCUGGUAACUGGUUCCAGAAAUCAUUGGGAACACUGCUACUAAUGUUAUUGCUACUACUAAUGGUAAUACAGUAAAUAGUGAAUAUCCGUCCAUGCUUUGUACACAUAGUGCCACUAACAUCCAUCUUUAUGCCUUUACAUAGAAUUUUGAAAACCUUGUCAGUGUAAUCUGUUGAAAAGAGAGCAGGGCAAGAAACGUCAUUUAGUGUUUGACACUUUUUACUGAAUUGAUUAACUAGCAUAACAAGUGAAAGGAUGCUUAUAGUAGUCGUACAUUGUAGUUGUCUUCACGUCUGGCUACUCACAUUGCUGGAUGUUGAGGGGGAUCUUGAAUUUUCGCUUCUCGUUAAAUUCCUGAAAUCAGUGACUUGGAAGGCAGAGGUCUGGAAGACACUGGUGACACUUUCAACCUUUUAUUCAUGGGUUUCGGUGAACAGGACAGCCUGUUCAGUCAUCGUGAAAGGAGGGUGCUUGACCUUCUAGAGCAAUCUAUUUUUUGACCUUGGCAUGUCUAGCAGACUGUUGUAUUUUGGUGUCAUUAAUAUUUUAUAUUGCCACCACUGCGCAGCACGGAUAAUUUUGCACAUCUUGUUGUAAUAUUUUCUAUUUUCAUACAAAAUUGAAGUGCUUUUUGUAUACAGGGGGACUGUUGUUUCUUGCAUGGAUGAAAUAUGACAGAAUUUGCAUUUGGGACUUUUGUCUACCCAAGAAGCAAACCAUUAUCUUUCAUACAGCAUAUUUUUAUUUACAAAAAUGAUGCCAAGUAUUUAAAUUGACAAGCUACCAGGCUAUUUUCAGAGUAUAUUAAAAGGGAACUCAUUUAUUUUUCUUUGAGGCACAUCAAUACCUUUGUAUUUAAAACAUGUACAUAAUAUAUUGGCAUAUGAUUGUGCUGCUGUUGUAUAAUAAUGCAGAUUAUUCAUAAAUAAAGUAUUUGCAUGGA